AAGAUCAUGUAGGAGGUCUUUUUCCCCCAGCAGGGGUCCGUGUCGUGACCGGGGGGCUAUCAGGUCAGCAGUGUUAGAGAAAGCUCUGCUCUCACGGAUUCUCCUGCGGUCAAAAUGAAGCGACACGUGUUACUGAGCAGACAACCGCAUUUUCUUCUCCUCAGUGUAAGUUACCAUCAUGGUGAACCAGGUCCAGCGAGGGGAUGCAACCUGGCAGCCGUGCAAGAGUGACUCCAGCGGGGCCAGCAACAGUGGCGGGGAGAGCUCCAAGGAGAGCUCCCGGUGUUCCACGCCGGUGCUGGACGCGUACCGAUCGGACAGGCUGCGAGACAAGAUGCGAAGGAGGAUGGAGUCCGGAGACCGCUGGUUCUCGCUGGAGUUCUUUCCCCCACGCACAGCCAGUGGGGCUGUCAACCUAAUAUCAAGAUUUGACCGCAUGGGUUCAGGUGGGCCCCUGUUCAUCGACAUCACCUGGCAUCCAGCGGGGGACCCAGGUUCAGACAAGGAAACCUCGUCCAUGAUGAUUGCUAGCACAGCUGUCAACUAUUGUGGCUUGGAGAGCAUCCUCCACCUGACCUGCUGCAACCUAAGCAAAGAGAAGAUUACUGGCUACCUGGCCAAAGCAAAGCACCUGGGCCUCAAGAACAUCAUGGCACUAAGAGGAGACCCAGUGGGAGAAACCUGGGAGGAAGAGGAGGAAGGUUUCAGCUAUGCCAUUGACCUUGUUAAACACAUCCGAUCAGAGUUUGACGACUACUUUGACAUCUGCGUUGCUGGCUACCCCACAGGCCAUCCUGAAGCAGAGAGCUAUGAAGAUGAUCUCAGGCACCUAAAGGAGAAGGUGGAUGCUGGAGCAGACUUUGUCAUCACCCAGCUGUUUUUCAGGCCGGACACGUUCCUCAAGUUCCUGGAUGAUUGCAGAGCGAUCGGCAUCACGUGUCCUAUCUUACCAGGAAUCUUCCCCAUUCAGGGUUACCAGUCUCUGCGCCAGCUUGUCAAGCUAUCCAAGCUUGAGGUACCGGAGGAGAUCACCCAAGUCAUCGAACCCAUCAAAGACAACGAUGCUGCUAUCCGUAAUUAUGGGAUACAGCAGGCGGUGGAGAUGUGUCGCGUGCUGCUGGACAGCGGCAAGGUGCCAGGCCUCCACUUCUACACCCUGAACCGUGAGGUUGCAACCAUGGAGGUGCUUCGACAGCUGGGCCUGUGGAUAGAAGACCCCAGGCGGCCUCUUCCCUGGGCAGUGAGUGCCCAUCCCAAACGGAAGGUGGAAGACGUUCGACCCAUCUUCUGGGCUUCCAGGCCCAAGAGCUACAUCUACAGAACCCAGGACUGGGACGAGUUCCCCAAUGGCAGAUGGGGAAAUUCCUCAUCUCCAGCUUUUGGGGAGUUAAAUGACUACUACCUGUUCUACUUGAAGAGCAAAUCAUCCAAAGAUGCACUGCUGCAGAUGUGGGGGGAGGAGCUGCAGAACGAAGAGAGCGUCUUUGAGGUUACUUGCUACAUCACAGCUCAGCUGAAUCGCUGUGGACACAAGGUGAUGUGUUUGCCGUGGAAUGACGAGCCUCUGGCUCCAGAGACCAACCUGCUGAAGGAUGAGCUAGAGAAGGUGAACAGGCGAGGAGUCCUCACCAUCAACUCUCAGCCCAACAUCAAUGGCAAACCCUCCACAGACCCUGUUGUAGGCUGGGGACCUCCAGGGGGCUACGUCUUCCAGAAGGCCUAUCUGGAGUUUUUCACGUCCAGUGAAAAUGUGACUGCUCUCCUUAAAGUGCUGAAGAAGUACGAGCCCCGUGUAAAUUAUCACAUUGUUAAUGUGCAGGGCCGUAACCUGACCAACGCCCCUGAAAUGCAGCCGACUGCUGUGACGUGGGGGAUCUUCCCUGGCAGGGAGAUCGUUCAGCCCACAGUGGUGGACCCAGUCAGUUUCAUGUACUGGAAGGACGAGGCUUUUGCCUUGUGGAUUGAGCAGUGGGGCAAACUCUAUGAAGACGAGUCUCCUUCUCGGAUGAUAAUCAAGUACAUCCACGAUAACUACUUCCUGGUCAAUUUGGUGGACAAUGACUUCCCCCUGGAGAGCUGCCUGUGGCAGGUCAUCGAUGACAUGUUUGAGCUGCUCGACUCGCCUCCGGAGCCUCACGGCGAAGAAACCGUCUGAGUAAAAUCAGUGUUUGUUGUUUCAGAAAAGAGAAGAACACUAUGGAACAGCUGAUAGGACUUUAUUAGGAAAACAGAGUGUAAGCUUUAUUUUUAUUGACGUUCUCAAACCUUGGAGUGAAUAGGAACCUGAUAAAUGAAAUUGUGCUGUCUCGAUCAGGAUGCAGAGGAACGUAUCAAAGUACUUCAGCAUGUUUCUUUCCUCCACAUGAGGCUCAUGAACCACACUUUAGCUUCUGCAUAUGUGGAGCUGAUCUUAGCUUGUUAAUAAGGAAACUUGUGCUAAGCAUCAGCAAAUGACAACCUCACAAAUGAAAUUGUAAAUAUGUCGCAUAGUUUAGUUUCAAAAGGCCCACGAGGGAGAAUUUAAUCAUGCUAAUUAGUAUUACUGACGUUAUCAUAGGUGACGGCCUAGGAUGGUGAUGUAUUUAACAUAUUACAUGUGAGAUGUUACGAAUGUCACUAUGAAUCUGAUCUCAUGAUGGCACAAACCGCCUGCUGCCUCAUGUUCGUGAUGAAUGCACCUGCCCGAAUCCUUCACUGCUCCUGUGUGAUGUGUAGACGGGCGCAGACACAGGGUUUUCCACACAGUAAUUCAGCCUGUAUCACAGAUUCAUGUACCAUCAGAUAUCACAGUUAGGUAGUAACAUUAUGACAUUUGGUUUAUACAAGGAACAUGUUAACCCACCACACUAGCAUUAGGUACAAGUUUAACAUUUUCAUAUUUAAAAGUGUUGUAAGGGUAAUUUAAUUUGAUCACCUGUAAAUACUAAAGACACUAUGCAAUACUACAUUACAGAAUCUAAGACUCAGAAGUGUCCUCCUCAGAGACUCACUGCUCUGUGCAGUGUUGCUCUUGCUCCACACAAACUGCAUCCACUGAGGUCUGCUGUGGGUGGUGGUGUCAGGUGGAUGUGCUGGCUGCUCAGGUCUGCUCUUUGAAGUACAUUUUUGCCCCUUAGUUACGCUGAAAUCAGCCCAGGCUGCUGGGGGGUCUGUUUCUACUUCAUUCACCUCCUUUUCGCUCUGUUUAUACUCCACUCUGCAUUUAAUCAUUAAUUAUUAUUAAUCUCUGGCUCUCUUCUAUAGUGUGUCUUCUGUCCUGUCUCCCUCCCCUCCCUGAGCCUGGCUCUGCUGGAGGGUUCUGUCUGUCACCAAGUGCUGCUCAUAGGGGGUCAUUUUGACUGUUGGGUUUCUCUGUAAUUGUUGUAGGGGCUUUACAAAUGUAAAGCGCCCUGAGGUGACUGUUUGCUGUGAUUUGGUGCUACAUAAAUAAAACUGAAUUGAACUGAA